AAGAUAUUUUAGAAUGGCUACCCCAGAAUCAUUAAACCCAGCUCCUCUUACUGGCUUAGGAGAUCAUUCUUACAAGAAGGUCUUGGAGGAUGACUAUUCAACUGGAAAGUUGAACCUCAAAUUUAAGGGAAACACAAAAAAUUUGGGGACUGCCAACUACAAGGGAUGGUUAGAUCUUAGCAAAUAAUAAUCUAAGCAAGAGACUAAAUUCCAAUUCCCAUACUAGAAGUAAGAGUUUAUGAAAAUAACAUAAGAUAUUUCUUCCAAAUUGCCACAAGAGAAGAUGGAGCUAAAGUCCACAUAGACUUUGGAGAAGUAGCCAAAGUUGGAAGCAAUGGAAGUCUUAAUCUAUUUGCCAAUGCCAAAUUAGGCAGCUCUCACUUGGGAUAAGCAGUACUCAGAUUUGGUGGUGUUGCUUAAUUCAAAUAAUUGACUAAUCACAUACGUAGAUAUUCAUAAAUAAAUUAGGUUUCGAAUACAAUCCAAACAGUGUCGUGAAUGCUUUCAGCAGAACCCUUUGGAGGAAUAACAAUUGGGUCUCAGUAUUUGCAGAAGAUGUUCAAGUCUCAAAUGAAUUUGCAGUGAGAAGAUUCGACUUCCUUAUUGGACGUCUUUCAUAGAAUUAUGAUGUCUUUUUCAGACACUUGACUUAAGAUCCACACAAUCCCAAAAAAGUGAAUUAAUUACUACAAGGAAAACUAAUUUUUGAUCUUGUUUACAGAAAAAAUAAAAACACUUUCGGAUUAGAGGCAGAAUACAACUUAGCUAAAUCUUAAUUGAAUGCUUUGGCUGGAGUCGCCACAAAAGUAGAAAAAGUUGAUGUCAAAGCAAGAAUAAAUUUGACAUAAAAGAAACUUGGUUUGAGUGGAAAAGGAAAACUUAAUGACAGGUACAAAAUCAUAGUGUAUGUGUAGAUUCAAUUGGACUCUAUCAACUGAAGUACCACUCGACGGAUCAUUACCAGCCAAAUAAGGUUUCUUACCAGUCCCAAUUGGAUUCACAUUAGAUGCAUCAUUAUGAUCGAUAUUAGUAUAUAUAUAAAAAUAAAAUUUAAUUGUGAUUAAU